AUGGUUAUUAAGUGCAUAUUAUGUACUAACAAGUAUGGACCCUUGUCAAUUAAUAUUACUUUCCAUAGAUUUCCGAAGGAUUACGAAAGAUUUAAUAAGUGGGUUAAUUUCUGCCGUCGUCCGGAUCUUUUGGAAAAGGGUCCAUCCAUUUGUAAUAAAGCAUAUAAAUUAUGUUCUGAGCACUUCGUUGAAACAGAUUUCAACAAUAAUGGUUGGUUGAUUAAUAGUGCAGUGCCUUCUAUAUUCAACUGGCCUGAUGCAGAGUUGCAACAAAACAGCAGUUUAAUAAUGAUUCCCGAGGAACCCAUCCCUAGUACUAGUAGUACUUCAAGAAUAAUGGCUGAUUCUGUUGACAUUUAUAGUAAUUCUAUAUCGUCUAUUAAUUGGUCAAACAAAUCAGCCAUAUCUUGUUCAACUCCUAAAACCAGCUCUGUGUCGAGAUCAUUAUCAUAUUCUUCAGGCAAUAGUUCCACAGCCACUUCUAAUUCUCAAACCCAAACACAUCAGUGUCUGUCAAGUAACACACCAAGAAAGGAUAAACUGAACAAACUGCUAAGUAUCCAUAAAAAUAAAUUUAAUGAUCUUCAUAAACAAUUUCUUACACUAAAAAAACAUUGUUCUGACCUAGAAAAAAAGUCUUCAACAUUAGAGUUUUUUCAUUUAAUGUGCGACAAUUUUCUGAAUAAGGGUUUUGCGAAUUUUGUUAAAAUACAGUCCAAACUAACAUUGCAAGAUCCCCAUGGACAUAGGUAUUCUUAUAAAAUAAAACAAUUUGCACUCAUGGUACAUUUUAUGGGUCCUAAAGUAUAUAGAUUUCUACGGAAAUCCUGGAGUUUGCCUUCUGUUAGAACUUUACAAAGAACUACAGAAAAUUGGGAAAUUAAUCCUGGUUUGAAUGACUUUUUAUUUAAAGUUUUAGCAGUGAAAGCAAACUCCAUGACAGUGAAGUCCAAAGAAUGUAUCUUGUGUGUAGAUGAAAUGUCGCUUAAAUCUUUUCUUUUCUUUGAUUUCAAAAAAGAUGAAAUAAUAGGUUUUCAUAAUACAGGAUUCAUUAAGUCUUGCGAUGUUACUAAAUCAGUUAUGGUCAUUAUGAUCAGUGGUUUGCAUAGUUCUUGGAAACAACCUAUAGGCUAUUUUUUUGUUGCUACUACUUGUACUGGAUAUGAUCUGAAAAAUAUAAUCUUUCAAACUGUUCAGAAAUUGUCCAAUAUUUCUUUUAAUGUAGUAGUCAUGAUUUCUGAUUUAGGCUCAAAUUUUAAGCACUUUGCAGAUCAACAAGGCAUUACCCCCCAGACCCCUUACUUUAAUGUUGGAGACAAAGAAAUUGUUUACAUGUUUGAUCCACCUCAUUUAUUAAAGGCAACUAGGAAUAACUUUUUCAAUUAUCGUUUCAAUUCUCAAAAUAAAAUUGCAGAAAAAAUUCAUCUUACAAAUUUUUAUGACCUUGAUAAAAGUAAUCAACAUCGAUUGGCACCUAAAUUAACUGAUGUUCAUUUAAAUCCUAAUAGUUUUCAAAAAAUGAGAGUCAAAUUUGCCGCUCAAGUUUUUAGUCAUACAGUGGUUGCAGGGAUGACUACCCUAGUUUCUUGUAAUGAAUUACCGCAUAGUGCCUUCGAUACGAUUGAUUUCAUAGAUUCCAUGGAUAAGCUGUUUGAUAUAUUCAAUUCUCGUCCCAUUUCUACUGAAGUUUCUAAUCAUGAGGGAUCAAAACGUUAUUCAUUACCAUUUUCAAACUCUUCUUAUCAGACUGAUUUUUUAAAUUUAAUGUUUAAUUAUUUUGAAAAUUUAGAAAUUCAAAAAUUUGAUGCUGAAAAAAAUGAGUGGGUUAAUAUAGGUAGACAAUAUAAUAUAAAAUUUAUUAAUGGCUGGUUAAUAUCAAUAGCUGGAUUAAAUCGUCUUUAUCAAAAUUUAACUAAUAACAGUGAUUCCGAAAUUGAUCCAAUAUGUACUUAUAGGACAAAUCAAGACAAAUUAGAAAAUUUUUUUGGAACUGUAAGAAUUCAAAAUGGAAAUUGCAUAAAUCCUACAUGCAUUCAGUUUAAAAGAACUUUUAAAAAACUUUUUUGUCUUGAUUACUUUGAACACUCUGAAGGUGCUAACUGUAUUCAAGAUUUAGAUGAGGUCUUACUCAGUCUUGAAAAAACUCCUAUAAGUGAAAUUAAAAUACUUUUCCCAGAAAAGAACCCUAUUCAAAUUCCAUUACCUAUUACAAACAUCACUAAUUACAAACAAAUUAAUUUACCUGAACAAAAUGCUUUGACAUACAUUUGUGGUUACUUAAUCGGGCAAUGUUUAAAGGUUCAUCAAUGUACAACUUGUUUAAAUUUUGCACAAGCAACUACUUCCUUAUCCAGUGAAACUUUUUAUUGCCAUUUUAAAUCAUAUGAAGAAAAUCCUUCUUUAUUAUUCGGUAAUUUAAUAAUGCCCAAUUCUACUUUUUAUCAGUAUAUUUUUCAAAUCAAUCAGGUUUUUGAUAGACAUUUCAUUUCAUUAGCUCCUCAGCCCAACGUGGGUAAGACUCUCAAAGAUUUAAUUUUAAAUACAAUUUUUUUCUAUCAUCCGUGUGAUAAUUUUCCUAAAGACUUCUUAAUUAACCUAUUCUUAAGAUUUCGAAUUCACAACUCAUUGAAUAGAACCAACAAGGAAUAUCAAGCAUUGCGUACUGGUAAAAAGAACAGAAAAGUUCAAAUCCUUAUGAAUUUAUAA